CAGUUGGGCCUGAGUGAGAACGCGGAAGAGUGGGAGUGGGAAUGCUGAGCCUACCAUCCUUUGUUUACCAUCAUGGAUGAACCUUUAAUUUGGUUGCUACAACAACCAUAGGCCCUUAAUUUUGUUGCUCAUAUGUGCAAAACGGAAGCUUAGCGAACGUAGUGUUGCCGACAAAAUAUCGUAAAUCUGAAUCUGCACCGUGCUGUGCCGAGUUGAGCCUGAAGAGGGCGAUGUCCGAUAACAGCAACAGCACAGGCAGCACUGGCUCCUCAACCAACAGCUGGACCCUCCUCUCGCCCGAGGAGGCUGCUGUUGAGAAUAUCGGGCCAGUAGACGACGGCACUGAGAGUCUGGGCGACGUCCCGAGUCUCUCUGAGGAGGUGACAGGAGCUGCUGCGGACUUCAAACCAAGUGACAUUUCAAUAGAAACUGUCCUGUCUGAAGAAGGUCAUCAGGUGUGUCAAGAGACCUCUCCAGAGUCCAGUGAGGGUCCAGUCCCGUCUAGUCCAGCACGGAUGAGUCCUCUUCCACCCUACCCUCUUGACCCUCCAGACCUUGACUUGGAGAGUCAGCCCCCAGUCAUCCAUGACAUUGUAACCAGCUCCCCCAGUGACAAUGAGCACCUAGGAGCCACUCCCUUUGUCACCAACAUUAAUCUGGGGGCUCCGCUUGAUAUUCCUGCUGCUGAACUCCUUCCACCCGAGCCAGAGGAGUCUUGCUCUGCUCCUCCCCUGACUGAGACCCCUGUUUAUACAGAACAAGCGCUUGACACGCCCGCUGAUGUUGGGCUGAUGCCUGCUGGGGAGAGUCCUGCCUUCACCGCUGAAGCUGAGGUCAACAUCCCCACAGAGACCCUCGCAGCCACUGAUCCUCCUCCUCAUGUUGAAAGUGAUAUCAGCUUUGCUCCAGAGGGUACAGAGCUGCCAGGCCAAGACCCAGAGAGCCUGGUGUCAGAGAGCCCCAUCGAUGAAAGUCCUGCACCAGAGACUGUUGGUUCGGUAGAGUCAGAGGAGGAGGAAGCUGUGGACAAGGAGGAGAUGGAGCCAUCUGUGACCCAGGAUGAGAGAGAAGAAGAAGAAGAGCCAUCCGGUAGUUUUGAUUUGGACGACACAAGCGGCUUUGAUGACGGACUGAGGCGGAGGUAUGUCCCCUCCUUCGAGGCACCAAGGCCGAGAACAUCAGAUGAGGAGGAGGAGGAGGAGGAAGUGGAGUUCAAGCUGGUGGAGAAGAAGGAGGAAAAGCCUUGGUUCUCCUUGAACAAAUGCAUUGUGGGUGCUCUGAUCCUGCUCUUCUUAGGGUCCCUCUUCCUCUCAGGUUUCCUCUCUGACCUGGAUAAUGGUGACUUUGACGCCACUGAUACUGACGGGGAACAAGGCCAGGACUGGCUUAGCAGUGAUCCACAGGAUAUGAAAGAGCUAUUGGAUAAACUGGCACAGGAAAACCAACAAAUCGCUCUGCUAGAGGCUCAACUACAGUCUCAGAAAGAAGAACUCGUCUCUGCUCUGAAGGCUGUGGCGGCGAGCGGUGAUGAGAAGGACAGAGCAGGUCUGGAGAAAGAAAAUGCAGAGCUGAAGGAGGAGCUGUCAUCUCUGCCUGUACUGAAGAAAGAACUGGAGAGUCUGAGAGCCAGGGUGACUGAACUCAGCCAGCUCACAGCUGAUGAGGAAAUGCCCCCGGCUACCUCAAGCUCAGCCCCUCAACCUGGUGACAAAGAUGGUCGGAGUACACAAAAAGCAGCUGGACCUGAGAGGAGGAAGGACCCAAAUGAGGGAGGAAGGCUGAAAGAAGAACUCCAGAAACAGAGGUUGCUUCUGGAAGAGAGCAGGAAACGACUGGAAGGGAUGAAAAAAGGCGGAGGCGACAGGAAACGAGUGAGGGAUAGUUUGGAGGCGAUCCAGAAGAAGCUUUCUGAACAAGUCGAGAGGUGGGGUAAGAAGAAACCACAGGAGUCCAAAUGGAAAGGGAACAAGGGCAAAACCAAUGAGCGGGACCACGGGAAGAAAGAAGACAAGAAAGAGUGGAGAGGAGAGAAAGACUGGAAGCAUAGCAAAGAGGGAGGAUGGAGGGACAAAGAAGAGAAGAAGGAGUGGAAGUCUCAGAAGCAAAACUCUCACAAGGAGGCAUGGAGGAAACACCAGGAUGAGUGGGAGAGGAAGAAGGGCGAGCGCAGAAUGGACAGAGAGGAGAGGAGGAAGGAGAAGCCGUGGCACAGCCGGCCUGAUAAGAACCCCCACAACCAUCAUCAGCACCAACACCACCACCAGCAGCCCCGUCAACCUCAUCAGCACACUCAGAGCGACUUCUGGAGAGACCAGGAGCAGAAGCUCAGACGCAACGUCCGCCCCCAGCUGGGCUGCAGCUCCGUGGAGGACUGUGCCGGCAAGGAGGGGCUCUACCCGGUGGAGCUGCCUGAGUUCGAGGAACUGCUGGAGGGCUACCUGAGCAAGCUUAAAGGAUCUUCAUCCGAGAGCAAGGACAAGGUCAGGAAGCUGACGGCGGAGUACUUCGAGGACGGCGUGUUUAUCCACGACAGGGUCCUUUUCGGUGACUUUGCCGAGGACGUGGCGGACGUUCUGGAGGACAUGGUGGACGUUUUAGAGGGCGAUGGGCAGAAGGACGACGACUCCCUGGAGGAGGAGAUGGAGGAGUUUGAACGAGAAGCCCUGUGGAAGUUUGCCGCCACAGCUUGAAUAGACAAGGGGGGGGGGGGGGUGAAAUAUAACACUAAGAUGCAGCACAAGUGGUGGUUUUAUAGGACAUUUCUUGCCUACAUUCUCCUCUUCAGAGCUGUAAUUGUAGUAACUUCUGGUACAGAGUGGUUGUGCCUCUCAUAAACGUGUCCCUCUGAGUCUUUAAUUAUAAGCUAGACUUGUUCUUGUCAUUUUGGACUUAGUUGUUGUUACCUACCUCUGUCAGCGCGAAAUCCUUCAGUAAUGUGUUGUGUGGCUUUUCCUCUGCUGUACAGUGUUUUCUCAAUACGUAGUGCAUGUUGCAGUUCAUAAUAUAAAUUCAAGCUGAUUAUAUUCAGACAACACAUUAAAAAACUGGGCUUUAAGGAGAUGAUAUUUGCAAAUAAUUCUGUUGAGCAAAGGUGAAAUGGUUAAAUAAGUUAAUGCAAUUCGUUUAGCACUAGAUUAGUUCAAAGCAGGUUAAGACAAGCAUCUUAAAACCAAUACAGAGAAAUUUUUGCAGAUAUCAUUUGCCUCAAGUUGGGUGUAACUGUCUGAUCCCAAAGGAUGAGAUCCCGGUUCUUUCAGUGAUAGGAAUCAGAUCAGGUCAGACCAGUUUUGUGUCAGCGGUUCUUUAGUAGGUUUGGGCAAAUGCACACAGAGCACUGUUUGAGAGCCUCGAGCAUUUGGUUUCUAGAUUGUAGCCUUUUCAUCCUCCAACUCCCAACUGUCGGUUCACAGCAGACGUGUGGAAACAACCAGGAACCAGUUUGUGAAAUGUCAGCGCUGCUCAAAAUAAACAAAACAAAAAAAAGCAAUAUGACAAAGUGAUAGCCAUAGAUAAAUUUACCAACUGCUAAACCACUUUAGCACUUUUCUCAAACAUUCACAUUUACAGCAGGUUUUUUUUUCUCACUUUUCUAUUGUCUUUUUUUUUUUUUAGACCAUUUGCUCUCCUGGUAUUUUUUGUCUCAUUUCAUGGUUUUGUUAAUUUGCUGUAAAUGAGAUUGGCAGCCGAACCAGUAUUUUUCUUCUUUUUUUUUCUCAUUGUCCUCUUAUUUCGUUGGCAGGUCGAUGUAAACUGACAUGCACACAAGUGAUAAAGUUUUUUAGUUCAAGAAAACGACAAAAUAAGGAGGCUGCUGCGUUUUCUGUUUCAGGUUUGAAGUUGAAUGAGUCAGGCAAAAGGUAAAAGAAAACACAAAGCAUUGCAGUGCUGCUUUCCAGUGUUUGAGGAAAAAAGUUGGUUUUUUUUGUUUUUAGUGCUUGAUUGUAGUCAUACUUGAUCGUAAAGUUUUCCCUCUUUAGGUGGACGUGAAGUUAAAGUUGACAGAUUGUGAUUGUUGGUUCUCAUUUUUCUGUGAAAGAAGCUUUGAAGUGUUUUAUGUUUAUUUAUUCUGUCAGUACACUGCAACUCUUUUCCUUAUUUUUAAUGAGAAAAACCACAGAUUUUGUCCAAGGCCAUGCACAUUGAAUGUGUGAAAAUGGUGAACUUUUAUUUUGGUUUAUCAGACAUUUAGUUUGCCAGCUGCUGCUUACGUGCCUUUAUUAUUAUAAAUAUGUUAGAUCAGUCAAGAGAUUUAGAUUUCAUUUGCUCCUGCAAGAUUAAGAAGAAAACAAGUUUACACUGCUUGCUGUUUUAGUGCUGCUUCCAGGGCAGAGAAUGAAUGUCGUAGGGUUUACACACGAAGUGAUGAACUGAGUUUUGUUAAACGUUCUCUGAUGUUUGUUUGUUUUUUUUUUUUGGAAAGUUUUUAGACCAAAGGGAUCAGAAGAAAGCUUAAUUUCAACAGAUGAGUUCAAUGAAACACAUGUAUGAAAGGUUAAUCAAUAUUUGAGAAGUGUUUUUGUCUUUGUGGGACAAUAGUAGGGCUCACUGAUAAUGUAGGAACUGGCUCAGAUGUGCAUGCAAUUGAUCCCUAGACAAAUGUAUUCAGAAAUUUGGAUCAUUUUAUUUUUUUUCCAUCAUCAGUUAUGUCCUAUUUUAGGAAGUCAGUGUUAAGUUCAAUAAAAUUUCCACCAUU